AUGGCCGACAGCGGACUGGGACAGCUCAACAAAGAGGAGGCUGCCCUCAUCCGGAUGCUCAGAAAGGAAGAGAUCCCGGCGGAUUUCGCUCACACGGCCGUUCUCGCGACCAUGUAUGUCCACAACCCGGAGUACAUGCAGCCUGUGAUUUCGGAAAUCUUCGCCAAGGUCAUGGACUGGGACAUCGAGCGGGUCAUCAGCCUGAAGCGCGAGUUCCUCACCGCCCGCAGGCACUACUGGAGGAACAAAUAUCUCAAGGACAUGGACUCCAUUCUUGUGCUCACGCUGGCUCAGCGGACCGCUCUUCUGCAGCAGUGA